CUCAGACAGACGGAGCGAGUGCGCUGCAGCGAUACACCUUUUGGUUUGAACUUCGUGUGGACACUCUGCUGCGUUACAAGAAGUUUUGGUUCUUUGCAUAGCUUACAGAAAGACAGGCAGACGAAGUGGAUUGAGUUGAAGCUGCUCGCGUGCAUUCCCGCGGACUUUGGAUUACUAAGAGUUUUAGGCCUGACGUCACCAUGCUGCCUUACUUCCUGCUCUUCUUCCUUUCAUCUGGUCUGGCGAUAUCUUCUGACUGCCCGACAGACUGUUCCUGCCACGGUCAUGGCUCGAUAUUCUGUAUUCAACGACGGUCCAGCACUGUCCCUCGUGUCUCCACCAACACCCAAAAUCUCUACAUCUUCCAGAAUGGCAUCAACACAUUGUCCCAGGAUGAUUUCAAGGGCCUCGGGGAGUUGGAGAUGUUAGAUCUGAGCCAGAAUGAGCUGGCAGAGAUUCCAGACAGUGUGUUUGAGAUGCUGUCCAAGCUGAAGAACUUGGACUUGUCUUCUAACCACAUUACGCACAUUUCCAAAGACAGUUUUUCUGGGUUGGUCCAACUGGAGAGGCUUUAUCUCCAUGCAAACCGCAUUCAGAGCAUCCACUUGGAAGCUUUUGAAGGUUUAGAGAUGUUACUGGAACUCAAGCUUCAAGGGAACCAGCUCACCUCUUUGCCAUCCCUUCAUUUUCCCAGGCUUCUGCUUCUAGAUCUCAGCUCCAACAACAUCCCAAGCCUGGGAUCUUCAGACCUCCAGACUCCCCAUUUGGAGGCCCUUAAGGUGGCAUCUCUGGGGCUUACCUCUUUGGAUGAGGCUCUCAUAGCCUCCUUGGGAAACCUCCAUGAGCUUGACAUCUCCACAAACAAGUUAACUGAGGUGCCCCAGGCCCUAAAGCAGGACUCCCUCAAAGGGCUAAUCAAGCUCAGCCUGGCUGCCAACUCAUUGGGCGAGCUCAGGGUAGAGGACUUCAAGAAACUCACUGGACUUCAAGAACUGGAUCUCAGUGGACUUAAUCUCCAGGGAUUUCCCCAGAGUUUCUUCAGUACCUUCCCUAGGUUGAUGCACCUGACAGCAGCUGAGAACCCAUUUAACUGCUUGUGUCCAUUAGCCUGGUUCCCUGUCUGGCUUAUAGAGAAGGGAGUGACACUUGGGAGGCCUGAGGAAACCAGAUGUCACUUCCCUCUAGUUAAUGCUGGGAAGAAGCUUUCAGCACUGGAGCAGAAAGAUUUUGGCUGUCCACCUACCACAACAGUGCUGAUUGGCUCCCCCAUUGGAAGUACUCCUGUUCCCCAGCUGCCCACCACAUCUCCAGAAACCACCCAUACAAAUGCUAUUCCUCCUCCUCCUCCACCCAGUGAGGAAACCAUCUUCUCAAAAACAGAAAGCUACCCCCUUCCAGGAGAACCUCCAGUAUCCCCUAGCUCCACCAGUGGGGAAUAUGAGCCGCACAUCUGCCCAGCAAACAUCUGCCUAAAUGGAGGCACUUGUAAUUUUAACCCAUUUGGUCAACUCAGCUGUCUGUGUCCCUCAGGAACCUCUGGCCUCUACUGUGAAAAUGUGGAUGAGGUUCCUGAGCCACCAAAACCUUCAGCAACAGAAGUUUUGAUAGUUGCCCCUGAGAUGCCCGUUGAACUUGAUGCUAUCAGCUCACGGCAGGUGACCUCCACAUCUAUCCUUCUUGACCUGCAUCGCUUUAUCGAGACACGGCCACAUAUACGUGGUAUCAGGUUGACCUACCGUAACCUCUCAGGGCCUGACCGGCGCCCCAUUAUCCUGAGUGUACCGGCAUCCUACCCUGAGUACACGUUGCGUGGUUUGAGACCCAACUGUACCUACUCAGUCUGUGCCAGUCCCCUGGGUGAGAGAAUCAACUCUAGGGCCAACAGCUCUGUGGAAACAGGGUCAUGUACAGAGGCUCGCACUGAAGGGGUUCCACAGACAUCCUUAGAGCCCAGGGUGGAGACAAAGAGCCCGCUGACAUACACUCUCAUCCCUGCUCUGGCUGCCCUGGCACUGUUGCUGGGGUUGGCUGUGGUGACUGUGGCAAUCAUCUGUGUGAGGAAGAGGAGGCAGGCCAAGGCAGGAAUGGAGCUGGAGCUGGGCCCGGCUGACCCUGAUCCAAUGGAACUGGAGGGGAUAAAGGCCUGCCUAGAGAAUGGGGGAAAUGGUACACUACCCCACAAACUGCCUGAGAUUGACCGCUGUCACACUCCUCAGCCGCCUCCAUCCUUGCAACAAAAUGGGGGUUUGGACUAUGAGGUACCCUUGAUGCAAGGACACUGCCCAUCAAAUAAUAAUUUAGCAACUCUAAAGCCAUCAUAUUUCUAAGAUGCAAUAAAAUACAAACAUUUGGAAAGAUUUUGGAGAGACUGGGCUUGCCCAUCUGACGUCCUGCUAUGUCUCACUUAACGAUUAAAAAUCUAAUUUUCAUUCCAAUUUUAGAUAUCCACAAUUUAAAAAGUGGCACUUACUAUCAUUUGUUAUUAAAAUGAUAAGAUUACAUCAUGUUGGAAAUGUGGUUAACCACAGUGGGACAAUGAUCACAAUGUGGUUUGAAGUCAUCUUGCAGAGAUUGAUAAUGGUUAAACCUAACCAAGUGAUUGAGAAGUGCAAUUGACUAUAAGGGUCUUAGUAGCGGACUGAAAACGGAAGUGCCUUUUUGCAUUGACACAACUGUAACCUAUGGCUCUUUUUUAAAAUUUCUUUGUUUAUGUGAAAUAAACUAUGUGAAUGAGCUGUAAUCCUGUUGCUGGAUUUGGGAGAUACAAUAUGGAGAAAAGUACCCCUGUAUUUGGGCUACAGAACUGGAGGAAGAGACAGUGGUUAAAAUGAAAACAGUGAUGUAGAUGUGUGAUGCCUGGACCACACGUCCUGGUAGAAAAUGGGUUUUUGACGUACUCCAUCUACUCCAUGGAGAUUAUAGAAAGGAACUUGCACUGAAAAGAAAUAUUUCUUUUCCUUUCCAGUGUCCCAGUCACUGCCACAAGACUGAUUGUCGCAUAAGGAAAUGCAAUAACAUAAAAACUUUCACAAAAAACGCUCUGCAAAGCUAACAAUAGGUUGAUGAUCAUAAAAUCUGUCUAAACAACUCUCCACACAUCCCAAAGCUUUUUGGCUCCGUGGGAGAUAAAUUUGCUGUGAAAGAUAAAUGGACUGAAUAAAGAGCCAUUAAGGAUGGACUUUGCCUGCAUUGUUCCGUGCCGUGACGGGAAGGCUGUUUUGUAUCUGUCUUAUAUCAUGAUAUUCUGUUUUUGUCAUUUGUUUUGUAUUUUUAUCAUGUUUUUUUCUGUUAAUGUCCAUUCAGUAUUGCGAUUGUUGUGAGAUGACACAUUAUUAUUUGUUCUCCUUUGGAAUCACCUGCUUCAAUCAUCAUGGACUCUAUAAGUUUCUAAUCGCAUUUUAGGUUACAUGAAGCUAAAACUUGCAGCGCUAGCUACUUGUUAGGCAAAGGUUCACUAAAAUAUGUCUGAGGAACUCACCAAGUGAAUGUAACUGUCAAGUGUCAGACACUUUAUUCUCUGUGCCAGGUCUGCCAAUGCUGCAGGAGGAUAAGCCACAUACAGUUUUAGACGGCUAAAGCUCCAAAAACUGUUUUCAGAGGCCAUUUGCCAUAGAUCCCACCAGGGCCUGACUGGGACAAAAAAUCGGCUUUGGCAUUUUUGGCCCAGGCAGCCCACCAAAAUUGGUCAGACACCCCUCACCAAUACACCAUCCUUACAUUUAAGGGCUCAGAUUAGGGGUGUGACGAAACACUGAUGUAACACUGAGAUGUAACAUUGCACAAGAUUGGGGCCAUGACAACAAGACAAAAAUAUAUUUUAAUAGGCCUACUAUUUAGAAAAAAAACUUAUUGAUGAAAUAGUUGAUAGGAGGGUCUGUGGGUCCGCCCCCAGAAGAUUUUGAGAAUUAAACACUCAAUUUCCUGCAUUCUGGGGACAUUUCCUGCCCCAGGGAAGCACAAAAUUCAGGUGGCAGGUGACUAUAUAAAAAUAUAAUAGAAUAUAAUGCAGUGGGCCUAAUCUGUAGUUUAUUAUAAUUUGUAGCUUAAGUAAUUUUUUUGGGACAACACAGUUUUCUUCUAUAUUUACAUUGCAUUGUAGGCUUCUUGUGCAAAUAAACCUUUCUCAUAGCAUUUUUAGUUACACCAGCCCCAAAGGUGCGUCGGCCCACCGGGCAUUUGCCUAUUUUGCUGUGAGUGUCAGUGAAUUUCAGGCACUAGUUUGCUCUUUCACUGUUAACUGUAUCGUUUCUGAGAUAUGGUCUAGACCAGCGGUCGGCAAAUAAGUCUGGCAUCAGGCCAAAUUUUUUCAAGAUGUUACAUGGCGGGCCAGAACAAAGUCAAAUUAUUUCAAAUCUUUGAAUCCUUGCGUGCAAAUUUAGCUCAGUCGGUACUGUGCGGGACUCCUGUUUGGAAGGUUUUAAGAUCAAUUCCAACUAACUGUAUUUUUUUUUCUCCUUGUGAGUAUAAGGACACUUUUGCACAUGCUCAUAAUAAAGCAUGUGCUGCAGUGUGUGUGCGUCCCAGCGUCUGAUCUGCAUUCAUAAACCUAUAGACACUUAUUUUCAUUUCCCUGAGGAGAUUCAGGGGAAUCCAAUCACACGUUUAGUGACGGCUUUUUCAGAGGUGUGUCAUGCAAGCCUGAGUCUCUUUUGAAUGUUGUUCAGAACUCUUCAAAGUAAAAGCUCUCAAUAAACUUGUCAUAUAGCAUUGCUGCACAAAAAGUUCUUGCGCUUUUAUUUUGUAGGCACAAUCACUUAAGAGAAAGACAGUGUGUGAGUAACUGAGAUCUGUUUCAGCACCAGCCGCUAUCAAUUUAUGUAGUUUUUAUUUUUCUGCUAUCAAAGCCGGCCAGAUAUUAUUGCUGGCAGACCGGUUCUGGCCUGCAGGCCGCCUAUUGCCGACCCCUGGUCUAGACAGUGUCGCCCUGUAGCUUUUUGUUCUCUCACAUCCUCUCACUGGCUCUCGGUGACUCUAAUUUAACCAUCCAGUUUGUUUUGGUCAACAACGAUUAUUGCCUGGUGUGUUUGGAGACUGUUUUGCCUGUUUACAGCCAACCAGACUGUGAAAUGUUCAGGCUAAAUGUACCGUUCUCUUUUUCUUGUCUGAGGCUGGGAAUGUCACAAGCUUUUAGCGUUACUAUAUAUGCAUAUAUACAUAUUACUUUCAUGACAUCUUAAAUCACAGUAUAAAAGGUUUACAAAUAUGUGCCUUAGCAACACUGGUACAGCGCCUUAUUGACAUUGUAGCUGAUGUGUAUUUCAAGAACAAAAGGGCCUUUCUUUUGCCUCACAAGUCAUUGCAUUAUAUCACAUUACAAACUAAAAAUGAAGAUACAUGACAUGUAAUGUUAUCAACAUUGUCAGGUUUAAAAAAGACCUUCCUCAAUUCUUGGUUAUCUUACACCCAAAACCUUGGUUGACUGGGUAUGUGUGUGUGCGUGUGUGUGUAUCUGUUUUUUUGCCUCCACUGGAACAGUACAUUGUCUGCUUUAUUAUUGAGUCCAUGCACUAUACUCCAGAACUGUCCAAAAUCAACUUACCAUUCUUUGGCUUCACUACUUUCUUCAUUCUGUCAAUAUUCCAGUAUAAACAUAGACACAGAUGCUCAUUUAUCUACUCUCCCUCAAUAUAUCAACUGGAAGACUCUGUUUUGCUUUGGACGGUGAGAGGGACAGGAAAUGUUUGAAAUAUUUCCAACGUGCUUGUUACAGAACCUUCCCUGUUUAUUUAGGGAAACUUAUCUUUUUCUUAUUGUUUUAUGUUUGUCAGUUAUGUCUGCUACGUUUUUGUGUAUGUGUUUGCCAGAAAAGCAAUGCUGAGAAAAAGAACAGUAUUAAAAGACUUAAAACUUAAAA